UACUAAUGCAGAGGCAACAAAAGCAUUUGAAGAACGUCUCAACAAAUUCUGGGGAAACCACCCAAGGAAGUACAACUAUAGAGAUUGAACACAAAUCUCUGAGCAGCGUACAAGAGUAGAGGCCUGAGGCCAGAAGAGGAUCCUGUGGGAGGAAAAGGACACGGUGAGAAGAGAAUGUGAACAGCAGCCAUGGAUUUAUUCAAACAACAGAAUGUGGAGGAUUUCUAUGACAUUGGUGAAGAACUAGGAAGUGGGCAGUUCGCCAUCGUCAAACAGUGCAGAGAGAAAAGUACAGCUCAGGAGUUUGCUGCCAAAUUCAUCAAGAAGCGCCAGAGCAUGGCCAGCUCCCGUGGAGUGCGUCGCGAGGAGAUCGAGCGGGAGGUGAACAUCCUGCAGCAGGUUCAGCACCCGAACAUCGUCACGCUGCACGACGUCUUCGAGAACCGCACGGACGUGGUGCUCAUCCUGGAGCUGGUUUCUGGGGGUGAGCUGUUUGAUUUUCUGGCCCAAAAAGAGUCUUUGAGUGAAGAAGAGGCGACUCAGUUCAUCAAACAAAUCCUUGAAGGGGUGAACUACCUCCACUCCAGAAAGAUAGCCCACUUUGACCUCAAGCCUGAAAACAUCAUGUUACUGGACAAGAACGUGCCGCUGCCCAGAAUCAAACUCAUUGAUUUCGGUCUCGCUCACAAGAUUGAAUCUGGGGUUGAGUUCAAAAACAUCUUUGGGACUCCUGAGUUUGUAGCUCCAGAGAUUGUUAACUAUGAGCCGCUGGGAUUGGAAGCGGACAUGUGGAGCAUCGGUGUUAUCACCUACAUCCUGCUCAGUGGUGCUUCGCCGUUCUUGGGGGAGACAAAGCAAGACACUCUGGCCAACAUUUCAGCUGUAAAUUAUGAGUUUGAUGAGGAGUUCUUUUGUCAUACCAGCGAGCUGGCCAAGAAGUUCAUCCGCCAGUUGCUGGAGAAGGACAAGCAGAAAAGAUUAACAAUCCAAGAUGCUCUUAAUCAUCCGUGGAUCAAGUCCAAUGAACACAAGGAGGAAAAUAAAACCCCGGAGUCCAACAAACGGGAGCGGCGCCAGCUGAAGACCACGCGUCUGAGAGAGUACACCAUCAAGUCCCACUCAAGCAUGCCCCCCAACAACACCUACAUAAACUUUGAGCGCUUCGCUCAGGUGGUGGAGGACAUCGAACAGAUGGAGGGCUCCUUUGUCAGUCUGGCAGCAGCCCAUGACUCUCUUCAGGAGGACAUCGACGCCAUGGUGUCCAUAUACAACGAAAAGGAGGCCUGGUACAAGGAAGAAAGUGAAAGCGUGCGCCACGAGCUCUCGCAAAUCCGCUAUGACUUCCGGAAGGUGGAGGCCUUGAAGAGGAGCCUGCAGGAUGACAUGCAAGCGUUCAGCGCCAACCUCGGCGCCAUCAGCAACCGCUACCACGAGAGACAGAACCACUUUGAUGCACUGUGUCUGGAGCUCAGCAAUGAGCUGAAGUGGCUGCAGGAGGUGGUGGGUUCAUUUCCCGCAGACGGAGGCAGUGGCGGAUACCCCAACUGCAACUUCACCACCGUGUUUAACAAUGAUGUGAACGAGGCGCUGAAAGAGCUGCUGAAUCGUUCCUGCGGCGGAGAGCCUAACCCUAACCCUAACCCUGAGAGCGGACAGCAAAGAUAACCAAAACACAUGAUUUUUAACAAAUGCUUUAAAACACCGAC